AUGACCACCCGAGACAAGGACACAGCGACACGUUCCCGCAAAAAACAACGCGGUGGAGGCGCUUCAUCAAGUACGUACACUCGAGGCAAAUUCGCGUUCGGUUCGCGGCUUUCUAUUGCUAGGGAGAGCUUAUUAAAGAGGCCAAAGAAGAGCGAGAAAGCUAGAACUUAUACGUCGGUGCAAAAGCGUCAGGAAAAUGCUGUGAGGACAUUGGCCUUAUCUAGAAAACGGAGUAGGUCCUCGUCCCGAGACUCCGAUGAAGGAACGUCUAAGACGAAAUCGUCACAUCGAACGCUGACAGUGAAGACGGUGUUGCCUCCGAGCAGUAAUCUUCCAGCUCCAACAAAGGUGCCACAUCUGUUGAAAAGUCCACGUGUGUCAUUGUCGCAUCAGAAACGGGAGGUCACAGAUGAGCAAGAACUAGUUGCAGACUUGGAUGCUACUGAACCUGCGUUUUGGAUCAAGCGUCGAAAGCUUGUAGAGGCAGCUAUGAAGGAACUGGACUCUAUUGGGUAUGUGUAUACUUAUCUUGUUCAAGAUACAUGA